GCCCCCGGAGCCGCUCCGAGCGCUGACGGUGCCGCUCCCGACAUGGCUCCCAAGGGCGGCCCCGGCGGGCGCCAGCAGUCCGAGGAGGACCUGCUCCUGCAGGACUUCAGCCGCAACCUCUCGGCCAAGUCCUCCGCGCUCUUCUUCGGCAACGCCUUCAUCGUGUCCGCCAUCCCCAUCUGGCUCUACUGGAGGAUAUGGCACAUGGAUCUGGUUCAGUCCGCAGUCCUGUACAGCGUGAUGACCCUCAUCAGUACCUAUCUGGUGGCUUUUGCGUAUAAGAACGUCAAGUUUGUCCUCAAACACAAGGUAGCCCAGAAAAGAGAGGAUGCUGUUUCCAAGGAAGUGACUCGCAAGCUGUCCGAGGCAGACAACAGGAAGAUGUCCCGUAAGGAGAAGGAUGAAAGAAUCCUGUGGAAGAAAAAUGAAGUUGCAGACUAUGAAGCGACGACUUUUUCCAUCUUCUACAACAACACCCUGUUCCUGGUGCUGGUCAUCAUCGCUUCGUUUUUCGUGCUCAAGAACUUCAACCCCACCGUAAACUAUAUUCUUUCUAUAAGUGCUUCAUCAGGACUGAUCGCUCUGCUCUCCACUGGAUCCAAGUAGACAAAAACCCCACAGCAUUUUUUUUUCUGUGAGAGGCCUCAACUGCCAUAAAAAUGUUCAAGGGCAGAAUAGGAAUUUUUUUUUUUUUGUAUUAUGAGUGUAAGGGGGGGGAGGGUUUGAAUCCAAAGUGAUGGAAUUAUCUUUACUUUUGGUAUCUUUACAUGGUGUUACUCAAGACAUGAAUGAAUGAAUUUUUUUACUUCAGGAGGGAAAUGGGGUGUGAGCUGUGAGCAGGCACCUCUGUGAAGCUCCCCAGAGCUGUGAUGGUUCUGCAGCCCACGGGCAGCUCCACACUGGGACUGCCCAGCUGCACCCACAGCCCCUGGGAGUUUGGGGAGCAGCCUCAGAGCCAAACUCACCAAUCAAAAAAGUGACAAUCCACCAUCUACCAAUGUAACUUGGGAAGUUGUAAUAAAAAGGAGCUUUUUUUGCCAUUUA